AGGUCGCACAACUAAAUAUUUAGGAGCAUAUGCGACCAAAAUGGUCACACUUUAUAGCUCUGCACACGCACACACGCAUGCAUGCACACACACACAUACAGUGAUGGGAGGGACUGAUCAUAACCAGUCUGACAGGCUUAACCAUCAUUUCAUCCUCAGCAUCCAGCCAAGCCAUACCAGGCAUUCUUUUAGACUCACGUGAGUACAUCACACUCUCUCAAUCAAACACACACUUUUAUAAACAGCUUUACCUACAUAACCACUCACUCACACGCACACGGAUCAUACAAUGUAAUUGAUAUGGCUCUCACUUAAAAACACAUAUUUGUAACAACACUAUUUGUGUAUUUUCGCAACACAUUCUGAGGUCAUAUUACACUGCAAGCCUUUUACAGGAGACACAGUGGGAAAGCAAAGGGAGUGUGGCAGAGGAACCAUCACAAGGACCGAGAAGAGUGCUAGGAUCACAGUCAUAGGAGCGGUCCCACUCCGGUCCGAGGAAAGUUACAGUUGGGGUCUUAGUACAGAGUAUGGUUGGUAUAACAGUCUGCAGUGGUCAUGUUACGGUCGAAACAAGAACGAUCAACGGGCAACGCGAUGACUAUAUUUAAAACAUAAAAGCAGUGAUCACACUACUCCGGGAUUGUUUGUAUUACGUUCAAAUUAGCAGUGAGAGACGGUCAACACAGUGAUUGCACACUUGAUCACGGCAGCGCUCCCACUCUUCUCCAUACAGAGGGGCUAUGAGACUGAGAAGGAGAUUUUUUGACAGCCUGUUAAUACUGGUCCUCAACAUCGUCACAAACUGUAAGUACUGCAGCAACACACACUGUCCUGCUAUUUAACAGCAUUGGAAGAAGUUGCCUCAAACUGCUGAUGUAGGAUCAGAUAUUAUUUCCAUCCCCCAAUGGUUAAGGUUAGCAUUGGGGUAGUGUGAUUUGAUCCUAGAUCUGUAGUUAGAUGCAAAUUCUACCUCAAGCCUAUUGAUCACAGCUAGCCUAUUUACAGUAUGUUUAUUUCUACAUGUUAUACUGUAUAUGAAACCAAUGGCAAACAGAGAGCAGAAGCAGAAAAGUGAGGUAUAAGGUGCGGUGUGCUUGUAUCCUGAUAUGGGUGUGUCAUCCAAGGUGGUGGACAAUGACCGUGGAAAUACAUUUAUGUUCUCAUGUGCCAGAUUCAUAGGCAUAAAUGAAACCAGAAACAUAGGUGAGAACUGCUGUAGGGUUGUUAAAAAUGUGUGAGUAUGCUACAAUGUGUGCAUUUCAGCGGAGGCUGCUGCGGGGAGGACAGCUCAUAAUAAUGGCUGGAACAGAGCAAAUGGAAUGGCAUCAAAGACCUGGAAACGAUGCGUUUGAUGUAUUUUAUACCAUUGCACUAAUUCCGCUCCAGUCAUUACCACGAUACUAAUGAUUCUGCGGUCGCUGUUUCAUUACAACAAUUAUUAUCUGGGUGAUUUUUAUUCUAGGUGCACUGGUGCUCCCAAAUUAGAAUUCCAGGUCGCACAACUAAAUAUUUAGGAGCAUAUGCGACCAAAAUGGUCACACUUUAUAGCUCUGCACACGCACACACGCAUGCAUGCACACACACACAUACAGUGAUGGGAGGGACUGAUCAUAACCAGUCUGACAGGCUUAACCAUCAUUUCAUCCUCAGCAUCCAGCCAAGCCAUACCAGGCAUUCUUUUAGACUCACAUGAGUACAUCACACUCUCUCAAUCAAACACACACUUUUAUAAACAGCUUUACCUACAUAACCACUCACUCACACGCACACGGAUCAUACAAUGUAAUUGAUAUGGCUCUCACUUAAAAACACAUAUUUGUAACAACACUAUUUGUGUAUUUUCGCAACACAUUCUGAGGUCAUAUUACACUGCAAGCCUUUUACAGGAGACACAGUGGGAAAGCAAAGGGAGUGUGGCAGAGGAACCAUCACAAGGACCGAGAAGAGUGCUAGGAUCACAGUCAUAGGAGCGGUCCCACUCCGGUCCGAGGAAAGUUUAAGUUACAGUUGGGGUCUUAGUACAGAGUAUGGUUGGUAUAACAGUCUGCAGUGGUCAUGUUACGGUCGAAACAAGAACGAUCAACGGGCAACGCGAUGACUAUAUUUAAAACAUAAAAGCAGUGAUCACACUACUCCGGGAUUGUUUGUAUUACGUUCAAAUUAGCAGUGAGAGACGGUCAACACAGUGAUUGCACACUUGAUCACGGCAGCGCUCCCACUCUUCUCCAUACAGAGGGGCUAUGGGACUGAGAAGGAGAUUUUUUGACAGACUGUUAAUACUGGUCCUCAACAUCGUCACAAACUGUAAGUACUGCAGCAACACACACUGUCCUGCUAUUUAACAGCAUUGGAAGAAGUUGCCUCAAACUGCUGAUGUAGGAUCAGAUAUUAUUUCCAUCCCCCAAUGGUUAAGGUUAGCAUUGGGGUAGUGUGAUUUGAUCCUAGAUCUGUAGUUAGAUGCAAAUUCUACCUCAAGCCUAUUGAUCACAGCUAGCCUAUUUACAGUAUGUUUAUUUCUACAUGUUAUACUGUAUAUGAAACCAAUGGCAAACAGAGAGCAGAAGCAGAAAAGUGAGGUAUAAGGUGCGGUGUGCUUGUAUCCUGAUAUGGGUGUGUCAUCCAAGGUGGUGGACAAUGACCGUGGAAAUACAUUUAUGUUCUCAUGUGCCAGAUUCACAGGCAUAAAUGAAACCAGAAACAUAGGUGAGAACUGCUGUAGGGCUGUCACAAAUUUGUGAGUAUGCUACAAUGUGUGCAUUUCAGCGGAGGCUGCUGCGGGGAGGACAGCUCAUAAUAAUGGCUGGAACAGAGCAAACGGAAUGGCAUCAAAGACCUGGAAACGAUGCGCUUGAUGUAUUUUAUACCAUUGCACUAAUUCCGCUCCUGUCAUUACCACGAGCCCGUCCUCCCCAAUUAAGGUGCCACCAACCUCCUGUGGUGCAUCUAUACAACAUGUCCAUUAAAGGUAGAUGACACUGAAGAUGUUUUGAAGGAGAAAAACAGAAUUAUGCCUGAGGGAGAGGGUGUAACACAGUUAAUGCCAUGGCUGAUAUGAUUGGAAACUUGAGAAUCCUGUAUGUGUGUGUGUGUGUGUGUGUGUGUGUGUGUGUGUGUCACAGGAUGUCUAACACUUAUUUCCCAAGGCUAAACCGCAUGCAAGUGGGUUUAGAAUGCUGUGAAUGUGUUUACGUGUGUGCUAAAGCAUUUGUGCACAUAAAUCUACAGUAUGUGUUUGUGAACAAGACAACAGGUCCUUCUGUGUGCUUAGAACAUAAAUUCCCCUAAAGACCGGAUUCUGUCAAACUUGCACUGAUCAAGGAAAGAUAGACACAUAGCACUCACUCAUACCAAAGCCUGUAAAAAUGGGACCUGAUGCGUCGUUGCUUUGCACUCAGCAUUAGCAUCCUGUCCAGGGGGUGUACUUGUACAUCCAGCUGCCUCACGCUACAGAAACCGGAGAUAGGCUUCUGCUCCUACGAGCUGUUCCGGCUUGCACAAGCCAAAGCUUGACACUUAAUCAGCUUGGAAUAUUGCAAAUCUUUGUUUUUAGCAAGGGGCUAUGUUUUAAUAGCAGAUUUGAUCACUGUUGUGGGCAUGUCCACCUAAUUACAUUCCAAUGUUUUUAUAUUUACUCUGUUUAUCUGUUUAAUUUCAGAUUCCUGGCUGCUGCCAUCGCCGUGGGGAAUUUCCAUGGAGUCCGUAAACAUGAGGCACUUGCUCAAGUGGCACCGUCAACAGUCUCCUUGCAGUUCUAUCAUCUACUCUGUGCAGUUCCAGGGGUGAGUCAAUCACUUCUGAAACAUUACAGGAAUGUUCAGACACAUUGACGAUAAUACUGCUAUUCCCAAUACUGCUAAAUGGGCUUUCUCUGACUUUUUCACUUUCAUCCUUUUUCUCUGGCUGAUUGGCGGGAACUGUACACUGAGAAUGCAGCCCGGGCAGUGGGCUAAAACCUGUAACAAUUGAUUUAGAUGAGAUUCCCCCCCUCCCCUCUAAAUUACCACCCCCUGUUGCUAAAUAGCACCAAUGGUGACAUUUGUCUCUUCUUAAACCAGACGCAAUUUCCUCUAAUAACAAAUAGUGUCUCAAAAAUGUCUGUUUUAUCAAUACCCAUGAGGAGGCGGCAAUUAUACAAAUAUUAAGUAAACAGCGCAAUGUUACACUUGCUAAUUGCGAGCUGCAGUAUUUUUUAUUUACAAGAUACGCUUAUCCAAAGCGGCUUACAGUUUAAGGUAGCUAGGUGAGACAACCACAUAUCACAGUCAUAGUAAGAAAACCUUUUCCUCAAUAAAGCAGCUUUCUAACCAUGACUGUGCUAUGUGGUUAUCUCACCUAACUCUGGAUAAGAGCAUCUUCUAAAUACUGCAGCUCGCAAUUAGCAAGAGUAACAUUGCACUGUUUACUUUAUUUUUAUAAUUGCCUCCUUCUCAUGGGCAUUGAUAAAACUGACGUGUUUGAGACAUCACACUAUUUGUUUAGAGGACAUUGCGUCUGGUUUAAGAAGGGGGUGGUAACUGAGAAGACGUAAAGGUUAGUUAACCACAAGCAUGGAACAUUAAUGUCAAAAAAUAUGGAACAUUAAUGUCAAAAAUAUUUAUCAUGCAGACAAACAAAAGGACAAUAAACAUUUGCUCUGGGUAUAAUGUGUCAAUAUGAGCUGGCUAAUGUAUUUCCAUGCGUCCUGUAGGGAAUUUGAGCUGAGGAUCAUGAAUGGCAGUUGGGAGGACGCGGUUGGUUGUCAGCAGGUCACGCGGACUGAGUGCGACCUGACCUUUGACCUUGGUUCUGACUCAGACUACAACAUCCGUGUGCGGGCAGAGUGCGGAAGGCGUGUGUCACCGUGGGCUGAGCUCGGGAGGCCCUUCAACAGGAGAGAGAGUGAGGCAUUGUGGGACAUCUACGUCAAUAUACAUUUUUUUGAUGCCAUGGCAAUAGUUGGUCAAUACAUUCAUUUUAUAAUUCCUUCAUACAUCCAAGGAAACUAAGACAAACUGGAGAUAUUAUAUACAUUAAUUCAUCUCUACAGCAUUUGUACUAAUAUUAGCUGAAGACAAAACACUUACCCAAGUGCACAACAGCCAUACAAAAUGCCAAAACAUUUAAACAAGCAGCCUUCCGGUCAUUAUUAUGACAAUACAGUGUCCGAUUACUAUGUGAAAUUUCAAAAAUGUUGUACGCUUUAAAUCCAGGGUAUCAUACUUAUUUCCAACCCAGUAUCACAGAUGAUUGUGAAAUAGACACAAAUUGCUUAUUGGAAAUGUGUGUAAUGUACACGAAUGUGUUAUGAAGAAAGAAAAUUGCGUUGUGAUGAAAAUCAUGUAAUACACACAACAAUUCUAAUUAGAAUUUGCUGCACACUAUUGAGGAAGAGAGUUGUCUUUUCAGACCCACAUGUGUUUGACAACAGCUGAUACAGUGGGGAAUUUUUAGUCAGCCACCAAUUGUGCAAGUUCUCCCACUUAAAAAGAUGAGAGAUGCCUGUAAUUUUCAUCAUAGGUACACGUCAACUAUGACAGACAAAAUGAGAAAAAAAAAUCCAGAAAAUCACAUUGUAGGAUUUUUAAUGAAUUUAUUUGCAAAUUAUGGUGGAAAAUAAGUAUUUGGUCAAUAACAAAAGUUGCUCAAUACUUUGUUAUAUACCCUUUGUUGGCAAUGACACAGGUCAAACGUUUUCUGUAAGUCUUCACAAGGUUUUCACACACUGUUGCUGGUAUUUUGGCCCAUUCCUCCAUGCAGAUCUCCUCUAGAGCAGUGAUGUUUUGGGGCUGUUGCUGGGCAACACGGACUUUCAACUCCCUCCAAAGAUUUUCUAUGGGGUUGAGAUCUGGAGACUGGCUAGGCCACUCCAGGACUUUGAAAUGCUUCUUACGAAGCCACUCCUUCGUUGCCCGGGCGGUGUGUUUGGGAUCAUUGUCAUGCUGAAAGACCCAGCCACGUUUCAUCUUCAAUGCCCUUGCUGAUGGAAGGAGGUUUUCACUCAAAAUCUCACGAUACAUGGCCCCAUUCAUUCUUUCCUUUACACGGAUCAGUCGUCCUGGUCCCUUUUCAGAAAAACAGCCCCAAAGCAUGAUGUUUCCACCCCCAUGCUUCACAGUAGGUAUGGUGUUCUUUGGAUGCAACUCAGCAUUCUUUGUCCUCCAAACACGACGAGUUGAGUUUUUACCAAAAAGUUCUAUUUUGGUUUCAUCUGACCAUAUGACAUUCUCCCAAUCCUCUUCUGGAUCAUCCAAAUGCACUCUAGCAAACUUCAGACGGGCCUGGACAUGUACUGGCUUAAGCAGGGGGACACGUCUGGCACUGCAGGAUUUGAGUCCCUGGCGGCGUAGUGUGUUACUGAUGGUAGGCUUUGUUACUUUGGUCCCAGCUCUCUGCAGAUCAUUCACUAGGUCCCCCCGUGUGGUUCUGGGAUUUUUGCUCACCGUUCUUGUGAUCAUUUUGACCCCACGGGGUGAGAUCUUGCGUCGAGGGAUCGAGGGAGAUAAUCAGUGGUCUUGUAUGUCUUCCAUUUCCUAAUAAUUGCUCCCACAGUUGAUUUCUUCAAACCAAGCUGCUUACCUAUUGCAGAUUCAGUCUUCCCAGCCUGGUGCAGGUCUACAAUUUUGUUUCUGGUGUCCUUUGACAGCUCUUUGGUCUUGGCUAUAGUGGAGUUUGGAGUGUGACUGUUUGAGGUUGUGGACAGGUGUCUUUUAUACUGAUAACAAGUUCAAACAGGUGCCAUUAAUACAGGUAACGAGUGGAGGACAGAGGAGCCUCUUAAAGAAGAAGUUACAGGUCUGUGAGAGCCUGAAAUCUUGCUUGUUUGUAGGUGACCAAAUACUUAUUUUCCACCAUAAUUUGCAAAUAAAUUCAUAGAAAAUCCUACAAUGUGAUUUUCUGUAUUUUCUUUUCUCAAUUUGUCUGUCAUAGUUGACGUGUACCUAUGAUGAAAAUUACAGGCCUCUCUCAUCUUUUUAAGUGGGAGAACUUGCACAAUUGGUGGCUGAUUAAAUACUUUUUCCCCCCACUGUAUUCAGAUAAGGGAAUGCUGACAGGCUGUACCAAAAUUAACGAAUGGCGGGGAACAACCUAAUUGCGCAUUAGAUGAGUGGCGCAGUGGUCGAUGCAGUGGUCUAAGGCACUGCAUCGCAGUGCUAACUUUGCCACUAGAGAUCCUGGUUCGAAUCCAGGCUCUGUCGCAGCCGGCCGCGACCGGGAGACUCAUGGGCGGCGCACAAUUGGCCCAGCGUCGUCCAGGGUAGGGGAGGGAAUGGCCGGCAGGGAUGUAGCUCAGUUGAUAGAGCAUGGCGUUUGCAACGCCAGGGUUGUGGGCUCGAUUCCCACGGGGGGCCAGUAUAAAAAAAAAAAAUGUAUUCACUAACUGUAAGUCGCUCUGGAUAAGAGCGUCUGCUAAAUGACUAAAAUGUAAAUGUAAAUGUAAUGAAGCCUUCUCAGUAUGCAUGAGCGUAGUAUGUUUCUAUUUCUUCAGUUUUAACUAAGCAGUAUGUUCUAGGUAGUAUGGUUAGCACAUAGUAUGUAGUAGGCAAGAACGAUUUCAGACACAGCCUAUGUUUGUGACUUACUAUGACUUUCACCUUCCACACAGCAAUUCUGACAGUGCCAGCUAUGACCGUGACCACCAUGGGUGAUGCCCUUCAGGUGACUUUCAAAGGCCUUCCCCUGAUCGUGGGAGUGACCGUGACUAUCUGGAAGAAAGGCGAGUUGGUAAGGCUGAGGAUAUUACAUGUAUAUUAUAGUCAUGCAGGGAUUUUUCUGCCAUAGAAAUCCUUCGGCGGGCCGCCUAAGCACUUUUUUGGGUCGUAUAAGUCCAAACAGUGUAAAAAAAAAUAUAUAAAAAAUAUAAAGAAAAUAUAAAGAAAUUAUUUCCGUGGUGGAAAAACGCUUUCAGUGUAAACUUAAAUGACUAAAACCAGAUAUAAAGUAUGUAGAAAAGAUAAUCGAAUCUAAUCUAAUCCUAUAUAUAUAUAUUUUUAUAAUAGAAUCUUUGAGAACUAACAAUUACCUAGACAGUCAGAGAGAAUUUAAAAUAAAAAAACAAUGAAUUUAGCAGUUUUGAUUUUGUUGUUAUGUUUGUGCAUAAUAACACAGUAUUAGCCAUGGCUAAAUGCAUAGAAUGGCAGGAUAUUAGCUUUAAAACAGCAAACAAAUGCUCUCAUCUCCAUGGCAGAAUAUGUAGAAUCUCAGGAAAUGAGAUUUAAAACUGCUACAUUUUCUCUCAACUCCAUGCAAAAUGUGUCGAAUUGCAGGAAAUUUGCUUUAAAACGAAAAAAAACUUCUCAGCUCCAUGGAGAAAUUCGUAGAGUUGCAGGAAAUUGGCAUAAAAAUGCAAAAAUGUAUCUACACCGCCAAGAUGGAGGCCUCAAAAAUGUUUUCUAAAAUGACAACCACGGCCAUUGCCACGCCCCCUGCCACACCCACCACCUAAGCCCCUUUUUGAUCUAGAAAAAUCCCUGUCAUGUAUUGUGUGGUGGGAGAGAGAUUGGAGCUUGUUGUGUGGGGGAUGCCUAGGGAUUGGCGCAAGGGAUUGGUUUGGAAUUGGUCCCAAAGGUGACCCCCUAGGUAGCAUGAUAAUGACCUCCUCCUAUUAAACUCACAUCAAGCAGUGGUUGAGUUCUCUUCAGCAGCGUCUCACUGUGCUCUGUCUCCAAGGGCAAGUCCUCCUUGCGUGUGAUCACAGUGCAACAGAAUCCGCUCCACAUCGAUGCCCUGCAGGAGGGAGCAGUGUACUGCGUCAAAGCCCAGGCCCAUCUGGACACACACAGCAAGAGCAGCAGCACUGACACACAGUGUGUCUCCAUCACAGGUGGGUUGUAAAUUAUAAUACACACUCAUAGACACACACAUUCUGUUAAAAAGACUGUUUGUCAGACGGUCUUUGGCAAUUGGUCCUUCGAGACAGAUAUAGAUAUGGCCUUUUUAACACACAAACUGAUCAGGCAAUGGUAUACUUUAUCAUUAUGUGUACCAUGGAAAGAAGAUCCAAAACAUAACAUCUUGUAUCUAUUUCACGUACGCAUACAGUCGUGGUCAAAAGUUUUGAGAAUGACACAAAUAUUAAUUUUCACAAAGUCUGCUGCCUCAGUUUUUAUGAUGGCAAUUUGCAUAUACUCCAGAAUGUUAUGAAGAGUGAUCAGAUGAAUUGCAAUUAAUUGCAAAGUCCCUCUUUGCCAUGAAAAUGAACUUAAUCCCCAAAAAACAUUUCCACUGCAUUUCAGCACUGCCACAAAAGGACCAGUUGACAUCAUGUCAGUGAUUCUCUUGUUAACACAGGUGAGAGUGUUGACAAGGACAAGGCUGGAGAUCACUCUGUCAUGCUGAUUGAGUUAGAAUAACAGACUGGAAGCUUUAAAAGGAGGAUGGUGCUUGAAAUCAUUGUUCUUCCUCUGUUAACCAUGGUUACCUGCAAGGAAACAUGUGCCGUCAUCAUUGCUUUGCACAAAAAGGGCUUCACAGGCAAGGAUAUUGCUGCUAGUAAGAUUGCACCUAAAUCAACCAUUUAUCGGAUCAUCAAGAACUUCAAGGAGAGAGGUUCAAUUGUUGUGAAGAAGGCUUCAGGGAGCCCAAGAAAGUCCAGCAAGUGCCAGGACCGUCUCCUAAAGUUGAUUCAGCUGCGGGAUCGGGGAACCACCAGUGCAGAGCUUGCUCAGGAAUGGCAGCAGGCAGGUGUGAGUGCAUCUGCACGCACAGUGAGGCAAAGACAUUUGGAGGAUGGCCUGGUGUCAAGAAGGGCAGCGAGGAAGCCACUUCUCUCCAGGAAAAACAUCAGGGACAGACUGAUAUUCUGCAAAAGGUACAGGGAUUGGACUGCUGAGGACUGGGGUAAAGUCAUUUUCUCUGAUGAAUCCCCUUUCCGAUUGUUUGGGGCAUUCAGAAAAAAGCUUGUCUGGAGAAGAGCGCUACCAUCAGUCCUGUGUCAUGCCAACAGUAAAGCAUCCUGAGACCAUUCAUGUGUGGGGUUGCUUCUCAGCCAAGGGAGUGGGGUCACUCACAAUUUUGCCUAACACAACCAUGAAUAAAGAAUGGUACCAACACAUCCUCCGAGACCAACUUCUCCCAACCAUCCAUGAACAGUUUGGUGACGAACAAUGCCUUUUCCAGCAUGAUGGAGCACCUUGCCAUAAGGCAAAAGUGAUAACUAAGUGGCUUGGGGAACAAAACAUCGAAAUUUUGGGUCCAUGGCCAGGAAACUCCCCAGACCUUAAUCCCAUUGAGAACUUGUGGUCAAUCCUCAAGAGGCGGUAGACAAACAAAACCCCACAAAUUCUGACAAACUCCAAGCAUUGAUUAUGCAAGAAUGGGCUGCCAUCAGUCAGGAUGUGGCCCAGAAGUUAAUUGACAGCAUGCCAGGGCGGAUUGCUGAGGUCUUGAAAAAGAAGGGUCAACACUGCAAAUAUUGACUCUUUGCAUAAACUUAAUGUAAUUGUCAAUAAAAGCCUUUGACACUUAUGGAAUGCUUGUAAUUAUAUUUCAGUAUACCAUAGUAACAUCUGACAAAAAUAUCUAAAAACACUGAAGCAGCAAACUUUGUGAAGACCAAUACUUGUGUCAUUCUCAAAACUUUUGACCACGACUGUACAUUUCAAACACACACCAACCACACACACACUUACACAUUGGGAUUCUUGAUCAUCUCUGUGCACUUUGUAACUGCUCUAGCAAAACAAAUCUGCUAAUCAUGGAAACAUAACCUUCUGAUGGAUACAGUGCGUACGUUACAGCCUUAUUCUAAAAUGGAUUAAAUUGUGUUUUUUCCUCAUUAAUCUACACACAAUACCCCAUAAUAACGAAGCAAAAACAGGUUAAAACAAUUUUAAUAAAUAAACUGAAAUUCCUUCUUUACAUAAGCAUUCAGACCCUUUGCUAUGACUCGAAAUUGAGUUCAGGUGCAUCCUGUUUCCAUUGAUCAUCCUUGAGAUGUUUCUACAGCUUGAUUGGAGUCCACCUAUGGUAAAUUCAAUUGAUCGGACAUGAUUUGGAAAGGCACACACCUGUCUAUAUAAGGUCCCACAGUUGACAGUGCAUGUCAGAGCAAAAACAAGCCAUGAGGUCGAAGGCAUUGUCCAUAGAGCUCUGAGACAGGAUUGUGUCGAGGCAGGUCUGGGGAAGGGUACCAAAAACAAUUCUGCAGCAUUGAAGGUCCCCAAGAACACAGUGGGCUCCAUCAUUCUUAAAUGGAAGAAGUUUGAUAUCCACCAGACGCUUCCUAGAGCUGGCCACCUGGCCAAAGUCAGCAAUCGGGGGAGAAGGGCCUUGGUCACGGAGUUGACCAAGAACCCGAUGGUCAUUCUGACAGUGCUCCAGAGUUCCUCUGUGGAGAUGGGAGAACCUUCCAGAAGGACAACCAUCUCUGUAGCACUCCAACAAUCAGGCCUUUAUGGUAGAGUGGCCAGAUGGAAGCCACUCCUCAGUAAAAGGCACCACAGCCCGCUUGGAGUUUUCCAAAAGGCACCUAAAGGACUCUCAGACCAUGAGAAACAAGACUCUCUGGUCUGAUGAAACCAAGAUUGAACUCUUUGGGCUGAAUGCCAGGCGUCACAUCUGGAGGAAACCUGGUGAAGCAUGGUGGUGCCAGCAUCAUGCUGUGGGGAUGCUUUUCAGUUGCAGGGACUCGGAAAUUAGUCAGAAUUAGUCAGAAAGCAAAGAUUAACGGCGCAAAGCACAGAGAGAUUCUUGAUUAAGAGCGCUCUGAAGCAGGUUAGGACCUCAGACUGGGGUGAAGGUUCACCUUCCAACAGGACAACGACCCUAAGCACACAGCCAAGACAAGGCAGGAGUGGCUUCGGGACAAGUCUCUGAAUGUCCUUGAGUGACCCAGCAGGAGCCCGGACUUGAACCCAAUCGAACAUCUCUGGAGAGACCUGAAAAUAGCUGUGCAGCGACGCUCCCAUCCAACCUGACAGAGCUUGAGAGGAUCUGCAGAGAAGAAUGGGAGUACCUCCCCAAAUACAGUUGUGCCAAGCUUCUAUCAUCAUACCUAAGAAGACUCAAGGCUGUAAUUGCUGCCAAAGGUGCUUCAACAAAGUACUGAGUGAAGUGUCUGAUUACUUAUGUAAAUGUAAUAUCCGUUUUUUAUUUUCAAUGCAUUUGCAAAAAUUCUGGAAAGCUGUUUUUGAUUUGUCAUUAUAGGGUAUUGUGUGUAGAUUGAUGAGGGAAAAAUGUUUUUUUUAUCCAUUUUAGAAUAAGGCUGUAAAGUAACAAAAUGUGACUGCCGGCUCAAGUCAGUCUUAUGUAGCAACAUUUCAAAUUGUAUUUUUUACAUUGGAUAAAAGUUGAGAGUCAGAGCUACAAAAUGGUAUAUCAUACACUGCAUUUUUGAGGAACAAUGGGAAAGUAAUUCUGCUUUGAAAGUUGAUAAACUUGUAAACUCACUUUUGAGAAAAUGGCCUUUGAAUGUUUUGGAACCUACUUGAGAGCUCUCCUUUGUCUACACCCAUUCAGCAUUGUUCACACCCUCUUGAGCCAGCCCCACCCAUUUCUUUAAGGAUUCACAUGUGAGGUAAUGUGCUGAACAGUGAGUAGUGUAGUAAAGAUUUAGACUAAAAGUGGUAAAAGUAGUAGCCUACCAUAAGGAAAAAUUCCAGGUAAACAGACACAAAUAUUGUAUAAAUACGCUUACCCAGACACACUUGUCUAAAUUGAUGGGUCAUGUGAAAGAAAUGCUAUAACCCCCAGCCACAUCUUGCUAAGUGGAUGGGUCUCUACAGAAGGUGUAAACGGUACAGCAAAAUGGUUACUUGCAUAGUAGCAAUAUCAGAAAUAGAUAGUGUCAAUAUAAAUUAAAUAAUAUACAAGAAUAAUAUCAAUAACGAUUUCAGUGAUAGAUGAGGUAGUUAUAUGCAUACAAUCAAGGGUAAAGUGGCUGAGUAGCAGGAUAAAAAUAAUAAUAAUAUUAGCAGCAACGUAUGUGUUAGGAGAGAGUCUUUUGAAUAGAGGCACUGCAGAUAGUGCUGAUGACUGGUCCGUCCAAACCACACAUUAACAAGGGAAUCUAUAUUCGGAGAGCCUGUUUCUGUCCUGCCCUUGACUUUGGUGCAGGGCAUGUGAUGUCCAUAGCCUCUUCAUCGCAAAACUCCCUGAUCUUCUCAAAAUGAUACGUUUGUACAGGUGGUGCUUGUACAGGCAGACCAUCUAUGGGAGGAAGGAUGUCAGCGUUGCGCAGCAGCUGAAACCUGGUCCCGACUGAGUCUGAACGCUCCUUGGCGACAACACCAGGCUCCAAAGCAUCGAAGCUGUAAAACAGGAAAUAACAACAACAAAAAUUAGAAGACAUUACAACCUUGCACAACAUCAAUUCACCUCCCAGGAUAUAAUGCAAUGAAAAUGAUAUUCACCUGAAGUGCUGGUACUGCUUGAUCUGAGCUUUCCACCAAAGUAUUUGUGUCCUGGGUGGCGUCCUGGUAAUACUAUUGCAUUAUCCUCUGCGUAGUUGUUGAUGAAGUUCACAACUCGCUGCAUGUCCUCAUGCUUCAGGUGUAACCUGUGCUUGCUUGGGCCAACUCUCUUUUUGAUGGGAGGCAUUAGACCAUUCUCCUUGUAGGACUGGUGGAGGAGAGUCAGGUGUGUACUACUGAUGCUGAAAGACAAAUUCCAGAUACAAAUGUUUUAGCAUUAUUAUACAAUAGAUAGCCGUAAUCACCGUCAGACACACCUGGUUAACUUGAUGGGUGGUCAGCUAGCUAGCUAACAGUAAGCUUUAACUUGGGGUCUUUUGUUUAGACAUGUAGCUAACUAGCUAGCUAGCUAAACGAUGAACCAUAAUCCAAAUCCAUAGAGUACUAGCAAUACAAACCGAUUGUCAUAGCUAGCUAAAGUUAACCAAAUAAGUUCACUGUUAGCUAGUUAACAUUAGGCUAUAACUAGCAAUGUGAAAUGGCAUUCUGAGAUAUCACUACACACAGAUCAUACACAUAAUGUUAGCUUGCAAGCCAGCCAUCUAACAUCAGCUAGCUAGCUAACAGUAUGCUUUAACUUGUUCUGUAGCUACUAGCUAGCUAGCUAAACAAUUAACCAUAAUCCCAAUCCAUAGAGUACUAGCAAUACAAACCGAUUGUCAUAGCUAGCUAAAGUUAACCAAAUAGUUCAAUGUUGCUUAGUUACAGCUAGCUAACAUUAGGCUAUAACGAGCAUGCGAAUGGCAAUAGUAUCUGAAACUGUAACUGACUUACCCGUAUACAUGGAGUGAACGCUUCACACGGCAGACUGCAACCCCUUAAUCCCAUUAAAUAAGACGCCUGUGUCUUCCUUUUGUUUUGUACAGCUUUCUUGGCCCGGUGCAAGUCCACAUACUGGUUCACACUGAUCGUGUGCAAUGCAUAAGAAUCAUCAGCCUUACAUUUACAUUUUACAUUUUAGUGAUCGAUUUAGCAGACGCUUCUUAUCCGAUCCGACUUUUACAAGUUAGUGAGUGCAUACUUUAUUUUUUUCAUACUUCUGUGUUCUCUUUUCGACUCCCUCUGCAUUUGUAAUCAAACGGCAGAAUUCUAUUCAUCUCCUUAUCAUACUGCUUCUACCAGACAUUCCACUGACAAAAAAAGUUGUGACUUGCGACCUAUGCCUAGUUUCCUGAAACGGGUCACAAAUGUGGAAAUAUUCAAGGGGUCUGAAUACUUUCAGAAUGCACUGUAUUGUGCUCUUAUGCUACAUUAAGGCUGUAUACUUCUCUACUAUAACAGUAACACAAAUAUUGUCACUGUGUUCAAAGGUCCUGGACCUACCUGGCUGAAGCCCACUACAGUGACUGUUAUCGUGGUGAUAUUGGCAGGCCUGGUGUUUUUUCUCUCUUGGUCAGUAACCCACUGUAGGCCAGAGGCCUGCUACGCCUAUUUCCGCAAGGAGCCACAGCCCACUGCACUGGUGAGUGUCAGUCCUACAAUCAUUGGGUAUAAUGGAUUAUUUAUUCUCUCUCUCUCUUCUCCUCUCUCUCUCUCUCUCUCUCUCUCUCUCUCUCUCUCUCUCUCUCUCUCUCUCCUCUCUCUCUUCUCCUCUCUCUCCCUCUCUCUCUCUCUCUCUCUCUCUCUAUCCAUGCAAGGCCACGUGGAAGUCGAGGAGCAUGAAGUCCUUGCCUGUAGAAGACAUAUUGCCUUUCAAAAGGAGACCAAAAUGCAAUUGUAAUCGCUCUCUUUUCCUGGUUCCUGCUAUCUGUAGCUCCUUGAUUGGCCACUCACAAGAGUCAAGAUCUAUCUUCAAGAUGAGCUUUGUGAGCCAAUCAAUGCCAUCCUUUUAACUGAGCAGCCGAGAGAACUGAGCAGCCAUGAGAAAACUAAUGACUGAGAACAUGAACAACAAGAUGAACAGAAAGAGAUAUAUUCUGUUAUACAGAAUAAUAUAUUAUGUUCUUCAAAAACCCAUCCAGUCAAUUGUGGACAAAAUCAAUAUGUUCAAUCAAUAUGUUCUUGGGUGAGAACCUCCUUCCC